AUGGCCGGCUUCCAAAUGAAUCUUAAGAAAGACAAGAUAAAUAAACCAAAUUCGCAAUCAAAACCAAAAAUAUCAUUUGCAUUUGGAGGAUCGAAGACUAACAUCAUACCUAAGAAGUCAAUUGCAUCGCUGCAAAAAAAUGAAACAAGAAAGCUCAAUCCUAAUGCAUUGCUUGGAUCUGAGUCUGAAUCAGAAGGUGAGGAUGCCGUGGUAGCUAUUGAUUCGUUUGACAAGAAGAAAGGAGGGGCCAUAGCCGGAAAUAAGGCAGUUAAUACCAAGGUUACAGAACCGUUAAUCAUUAAACCUACAACUGCGAGUAGGGAUUGGAAAGAAGAAAUAAGAAAGAAGCAAAAUAGCAUGUAUAUUCCUAACCAAGAGCAUAGACAAAAAGUGAUAGCGAAGGAUGAUAACAAUCUUGAAUUUGGGUUGAGCGUGCCCGAAAAAUCUAAUUCGAAAGAGUCUGUAGUGGAUGCGGAAUCAAACGACACUAUGUCCAAGGAGGAGCGUAUAAGACUGUCUUUGCUAAAGGGAGAAGAACUAGACGACAAGGGAUUGAUAAUACCGAUUCCUUCUGAAGACGAAAUUGUGGAGCAGGAUAUAUCUUCGAAACCAGAUGAAGACUCCAUAGAACAAUACAAAGAGGUACCGGUAGAUCAGUUUGGGGCAGCGUUAUUAAGAGGAAUGGGGUGGAAACAGAACAAAGGCAAGAAUAUAGAAUCCGCUGGGAAGCCCUUACUAGAACGAAGGAAGAAGGGUGUAUUAUUGGGGAUUGGGGCGAAAGCUGUCGAAGACGAAUUAAUGGCUGAUUUAUUAGUAAAAAGAGGUGCCAAAUUUGAUAUUCCUGUAGUAAGGAGAAAUAAAGAUUUAAAUGCUACAAAAUAA